AUGUCUCAGAGUCGGCCGACCUUCCUCCUCUUCCUCACCAAGAAACACCACUGCCUGAGCUAUCAUCAAAAUGGUGGGUGGAAUCGUGAUGAAGUUGUGUUUGUCAUUGGAAACCUGAACCUGUGGAGACCCCAGGUCAACGUAGGAAUUAAUGGGUUAGUGCAUCCCUAUGCAUGUCGUAUCGGCCGCAUCGUUCUUAGGAAUGCCCUCGAAAUGAAGGACUUCAACGUCGUCGCAGUUAACGAGUACGCCUCCCUUCCCUAG